AAGCUCAAUUUCUUCGAUAUCUUUUAGGAUUUUUGUCAAUUCCUCUUCAAUGGCAGAAUGUAGUACACCGAAAAGGAUCACUCAUGGUAUAUCCUCUGAUCAACUAUCUAAUGACGAUUGCCCAUCUUUUGGUUUAUGCAUUUUCACACAAGAUACUGAUAAUGCAGGUGCGGUUACAUUAGGGAAAAGUAAGGAUUUAGGGGAAGAUACAAUUAACAGAAGUGUGAAAAAAUCAAUCCAUUACACCAAAGAAAAUGGCAAAAGGAUUGUGGGAGACAUACCUUCCACAAAAAAUGCAUCUAAAAAGGCACUGGAAUAUUUUGUGGAAGAACGCCCGGCUGACUCGCCACGCAUUAGUUGUUAUGGAAAAGCAGAUAUAGCAAAAGUUUUGAAGGACAAACUCAGCGAAACACAAUUUGCUAUGUUCCAAAAGACAUGUUUCGGUGUAUUUCUAGAGACGCCAAAUUGUGCACUUAAGCCACAGAUGAUUAGGUGUCUCAUGGUACUCGAGUUGAAGCAGGAUAAUGUUGACGAAUUUUGGGUCCUUAUUAAUGGCACACCACUCAGGUUCUCCAUCAGAGAGUUCGCAACUAUUACCGGACUAAAAUGUACCGGUAGUACAGAGCAAUUUGAUAUACCAGGGAACACACCAAAUAGACUGGUCGAUCUUUAUUUUGGUGGAGAAAAUAAAGUCAAGAAAAAUGAUUUGGUUCAGUGUUUCAUGAAUAAGAGAUGGGGUGAUGACGACAAAGACGCUGUUAAGAUAGCGUUACUAUAUUUCAUAAACACCUUCAUCCUCUCGAUUGGAAAUUCUGUGUCAAUCAAGCGAAAGCACUUUCAUAUGGUCGAGAAUGGCACCUUCAGUGAAUAUCCAUGGGGUACGGAUGCAUAUAACCAGCUUAUCUCAACCAUAAGACAUAAGAUGACCUUCACGCAGCAGCUCUAUCGUAUAACUGGCAUGCCAUUUGCCCUCCAAGUUUGGGUAUACGAGUGUUGUUCAAACAUAAAGCAAUCAUUUGCUAAUCGUGUUGCUCAUAGAAGCCCCAGAAUACUGAACUGGGAAGUCAACAAUGCUGAACUGCAAUAUGCUAAAUUGAUGGAUGGAAUUUUCAAAGAUCACGACAAUCCGUUGGUUUUCAAAAACAUGGUUUCAACCCCAGAAGAGGUUGAGAUUUAUCCAACUGCUCAAACCAUGGUUUCGACGACUCAUGUUCAAGAAGAUUUCGAUGACUUCAGUUCAAAACCUCCAAAGUUAAAAAAGAGGAGCUUGGGAGAAUCCGGUAUACGCUUGGCACAUCCAUCGAAGAAGCCAAAACAGAACGACCAUCCACGUGUUCAACCUCAUGCAUCCAAGAAGACAAAACGGCCAAAAACAAUGCAAGAUGUCCAAGCAGAAGCUACAGCCCAAGAAAAUGAGCACACUCCUACAGAACCUGAUCGCAUUCCUAUAAACAGGACCGAUCAGAAUGUCAUUAAGGAGCUGCCACCAUUAAGGCCAGAUGUGCAAGAUGAAGCCAGUGUCCUGGCGAUUGAGCACACUACUGACCCAGAUUACGUACCCAUCACCAGGAAGGAUCUGAAUGACUUUAAAAAGUCGGUCAAUGAUCAGUUUCUUAAUAUGCGUCUUUUUAUAAGUGAGCAAAUAACAAUGGUUCUCAAAGCUUGGGCACUAAACUCACAGCCAGAUUCAAACAACAAUAACGGAAGGGGUGUUGAUGGCAAAGCCCCCCACAGUGUAGAAAAUCAACCACUUAACAGGAGUGCGGAUGACAUGAUUUACGCACCCUCCCAUGUUAGAGCUGAUGCUGUUACGACAGAGGAAAUUUCGAAAGAGAUCAACAAUGCAGAAGAAAAUGAGGAACUAAUUGAGGGUGUGGAUCAUGUACCAGUUGAUGUGAAUCGAAAGGGUAUUCAAGUGGAGGAAGGUUGCUCCAAUACUACCGAAGAGCCGAUAAAAAAUGUGGAUAUAUCUGAUAAACCAACCAGUGUCCAACGCAAGCGUCACAUUAUGGAGGAUGUGGCUGAAGUUCCAAACAACAAGCAGUUUGGUAGAAAACAAAUGCCAAAACCAAUGAAUAUUGCCCCUGUUUGCAUGACGUCUGCACAACCAAUGAAUAUUGCCCCGGUUUCCAUGGUGUCUGCACAGGAAUUUUCUUUUGAUAGGUUCGAAUUGGCAGAUAGCCAGCUUCCUAGUCAGAUCCCUGAGACUCGGAGUCAAUCAUUCACGAAGUCUUUACCAGAGCAGCAUUCAAGCCAUCAAACAGGCCACCGGGGCAACAAUACUUCUUCAGCCCAAGCAUUUGCAAAGUUAAUAUUUGAAUGCUCAAUGAGACUACCUUUGGAGGCAGUGGCUCAUGACCCGACGAAUGAAACAGAAAUGAGUGGUGCAAUUGCUGCUUUAAAUGAAAAUCCCUCACUGUUGUUUAACGAAGAACAGGCCAAUCAAUUGUUAAAACUCAAGUAUGAAUUCCCCUUCAUGGUUAAGAAAUGGAGAGACCUGGCUCAAGAUGAAUCAAGAUACCGGGAAUUAUUGACCAACUUCGAAGAGGACAGGAAAAAUCUUGAUAACUUGAUUAAAUCAGAAAAAAUGUUGAAGUCAGAGUAUGCUAAAAGGGAGGAACAAGCUAGAGAGUUGGAAGCGCUCCUUCAAACGAUAAGGACCAGGCAGAAAGAAAUCACGGAAGAAAGACGAAAAGCGUCUCAAGAAGCUCAAAAACUCAUGUUGUUAGUUCAAGAAAAUGUUGGCAAGACACAAAGCACUAGCACUGAAUUGGAAACAACAAAGAUGCAGAUGGAUAACUUAAGAAAGAUUUGGUCCAACUUUCAGUCUAAAUUCCCUUAGGUGUUACUUUCAGGUCUCUCCUUCUUUUUGGAAAGGGUAGUUAUAGUUCAUUUGUAGAUAUUAAAUCGAAUGUCUUUUAUAAGUAUU